GACAGCAGGUCCUUCAGCGGCUACCAGCCUGCUUUCAGCACAAACGUUGAAAUUCGUUCGGUGGGCUCUAGGCAGGUUGGGCAAAUAUGGAGGAGGGGGGGGGUUGUGGGUGGGCGUGGAAUCUCUGCCCCCCCCCCCGCCCGCCCGGAGCAGCCGAGGGCCCUGGAGGCGGGGGGCGGGUGGACGGACGGGACCCACCCCGCCCCGUCUGGGAAGCGCCCGGCGCCCGCGGGCCUUUCCCGGCAGGAACAGCAGCAGCAGCAGGAGGAGGAGGAGGAGGAGGCAGAAGAGGCGCCUCCUCCCCGGGGCGUCUGGGCAGCGGCUGGAGGGUGGGCCGGGCCGCCCGGCGGAAGGACGGCAGUCCGAGGCGUUGAGGCAGGCAGUGUUGCUGGACUCUCCUCCUCGCAGGCUGGCAGCGGAGCCCAGCGAGGCAGCAGGUUGGCGGCAGGGGGCUGGGGCGGGCGGCCUCCUCCUCCUGCCCCCCUCAAGGGCGCCCUCCGUGGUCCCCUCCCCCGCGGCCAUGAGCUUCCCGGUGACUCGGGACAACGAGGUGCCCGCCCUGGGCCGCCCGCUCCACCUGGGCAUGCUCUACGACCGGCGCAGCGACACCUUCGUCCCAGGAAUGACUCUUUGGGACCCCGAGAUUUUGCAGAAACACGUCCUCAUGAAACCACAACCCAAGACUGAAUUCCAGGUACUUGCUUCUGACAACUACGACCACUUGGCCUCUGCUCUCCACCUCACGUUGCCGCUUAGGGCUAGUUUAUUAGGGGGCCACGUUGACUUGAAUGGACCUGCUAGAUAUUUGAAGGACACCAAGAAAUCCAAAAACCAGGUGCGGGUUGUCCUCCACUCCUCCAUCACCACCCGCUUUGAGGAACUGACCAUGACCCACUUAGGACCUCAGAACGUCACCUACCCAGGUGUCUUUGACCGGGGCGAAGCCACUCACGUGGUCACGGCGGUGCUGUAUGGGGCUCAGGCGUUCUUUGUGUUUGACCGGGAAGUGGCUUCCGUGGAGAAUAAGGAUGAAAUUGAGAAGGACUUGAGAAGCAGCGUCCAAAGCUUUUGCAACAAAGUGCAUGAUGGAGAGGAAACCGCCAACAGACCAGGGAAAGAAAAAACAAAUACAGAAGACUUCAGGUGCACAUUUUAUGGGGAUGUCGCCCUUGAGACCAACCCAAUCACGGACCCUGAUGCUAUGAAGAUUUAUUCUGCUCUCCCUAAGCUUUUGGGGGAAAAGGGAGAGAAGGCCGUUCCUGUCAAGGUCUGGCUGUACCCUCUGGUCAAGCUGGACCCCCGGGCUGCUCAGCUGGUCCAAGAGAUCGGCGCUGACCUCGUCUUGAGAGCUCAAAGUGCUGUCGAGCAGCUGAGUGACUGUGAAGGCCAGAGCCAGGACCUGCUGAGCACCAAUGACCCAAGUUUCCCCGAGUUGCGUGAGAAGGUCCAGCGUUUCCAAGGCCUGUGCAAGCGGCACAAAGAGACGUUCCAAGAGCGAGUGGCAAAGCUCCUGCCAUCCAUCCGAGGAGGUGAGCAGCAGGAAGGCGCCCUGAGGGACCUUUUGACCCAGAAUGAGCAAUCUCCAUUCCACUCCAAGUGGCUCUCGGGAUUUCUGAGCAAGAAGAGUGCAGAGGUGGGUUACGUGAAGCUGUUCAGUAGUAUCCUCAAAGGGGUGCACGUUGUCCCUUCGGCAAGCAAACUCAAAGAAGUGUUGUUGGACCACCAGUAUAAGUACGUCGUGUCCUUCACCUUCACAUCUUUGCAAACGGAGGAGCCGUAUUUGCUAGAUCUGGAAGGCUGGCUUUGCAAAAGCGCAGAUCCAGCUCCCUCCGGUUCAUGGUGUGAGAAACAGACGGCCAAGCAGUGGUUUGAGGAAGAAGAAGUCACCAGAAAAGCCCGAGAACGUGUGAAGUCGUUUGCCGACUUUGCCCAUCUUCAUCAAAAAAAGGGCAAGAUCCGGUUCAUCAUCUCCUCUGUUCCAGAUGUGGACAAUCCUGGAAUUUCCAUUUACUUGUACAAAGAAGGGCAGCUGAUUAGCCGUGACUUUGAACCUCGAUUGAAACCCCCUCCCCUCGCGGUUGGCGAAGUUCGGCAUGACAGCGUGCAGCUCCGGUUUGAGCUGUCGGUCGGUGGCAGAGUAGUGCUGAUAUCCAGCUAUUGUGUGGAGUUCAAGAUCUUGGGGCAGGAGAGCUGGACGGAGCUGAACACAGUCAAUGGAGAGGAGACCGUUGUUGUGAGAACUCUGCUCCCAAAUACCAGCUACCAGUUCCGUUGUUCCCUCCGGAACAAACCAGACCUUGGAGAGAGCAGCAGUAAAAGCAAAGUUGUAAAAACGCUUCCCAUCAGCCCACCUGGGAAACCUCAACAUUCAGUGGUGGCCCCCUCUGCCAUCCGUAUUACCUGGAAGAGCCCGAGCGUCAUUGGAGUGGGAGUGGAUUUAAAGGGGUACAAGCUGAAGUACGCAGAGGCGGCCGCAGAAGGAACCGAGAGUGAGCAGGGCAGCUGGACAGAAGUGACCGUAGGAAAGAGCUGCCGGUGUUGCCGAGUAGCUGGGCUGAGACCAGAGACUUCUUACAGGUUCCUCCUGGUGGCCGUGUCCUCUGAUGGGAGAGAGAGCCCCCCCAGUGAGGAGACUGUCAUUACAACCCUCCGCAAGGAAGAAAAAGUCAGCAAACUUUCCAGUUCAGUCAAUAUCCAGUCUCCAAGGCCUGGGACCAUGACAUCAGGAGAAGGGAGAGAAUCAGAGCUGAGGAUCAUCCUUGUCGGAAGGAACGGGAGUGGGAGGAAGGCCGUAGGAAACGCCAUCCUGGGCCGGAAGGCGUUUGAGUCUGUGCCUGGCGCAAACAAGACCACGGCUGGGAAGUGCCGAAGAGGGGACGGGAACUGGAAUGGCUGCAGGAUCUCUGUGAUUGACGUGCCAGAAAUUUUUGAUUCAGACGUCUGCAACCAAGACUUUCUGGUGGAAAUCAUGCAUUGCGUCCAGCUCUCCAAACCUGGCCCUCACGCUCUGGUACUUGUGACCCAGGCCGGCCACUUCACCACAGAAGAUGAGGCAGCCGUAGAGCGAGUCCUGGACGUGUUUGGGAUGGACUCCAUGAGGUACAUGAUAGUCUUGUUCCCCCAGAAAGAAGAUUCAGGAGGGCGCUCUGUGCAAGACCAUUUACCAGAUAACAAGGCCCUCCAAGAGCUGAUUCUGAAAUGUGGGUCUCGCUUCUGCGCUUUCAGUCUUAACGCAGCCAGCAAGGAAAGGAUGCAGCAGGUCUCCGAACUGAUGUUGAUGCUCCAGACACUGGUUUGCAAGAACAGAGGAGAGCCAUUUGUCAACGCACUCUACACUGAGGCCAGUUUAACCGAGUCAAAGCUCAGAGGUUACGUGGCAGAAAACAGAAAAGCCCGGAGGAACCCAGGGAAGGUGUCAGAGCCAAAGAUGACAAAAUUGCGGAGGAUUGCUUCAUGUGUUGUGGCUGUUGUGGUUCUGUCAUUUACAGUUUCUAAAGCUUUUACUUUUUCUCUAGAAUAACUGUCGGUUCCUCAAUUUUUCUUUGUGCCCACAUUUUUGUUUCUAACCUCACACUUGUUCACAGCCCAGGGAAUACUCUUAGCACCACUUUGUCUUCAAGACUUCGUUGGGGCAUCACAGAGGGGAGACUGACUACCCCCAUGAAUCCUGGGUACAAAAAAAUGCCUUUCGCAGCUCAGCCAGAGCAACUUCUCUUCGUAGCAUCCAGUGUGUACUUCUUUCUUUUUCUUUUCUCUGUUUCUUAUUUUCAGACCUACAUUCUACCUUUUUGGCCUCUGUGUGUCUUUGUGUUGGCCCCACAAGUUUGACCCCCGCCCUCGCUGCAGGAGGCAAAUGAAACCAGAGCCCGGACCAGCUGUUGCUGGAACUGCAAAAACUUUAGUCUGUGCCGGAAAGGCAGACAGUGAACAACGGAAGUAAACCAAUGAAGCAAAAACCAGUGAGAAAAAAAAUUGUAGCUGGAGUUGUGCAUUCAAGUGCCUGCCUAUUAAGGAACGGGUAUUUCAAUCUAUGUAUUGCAGUUUAAUUUUAUAAGAAACUACUAAACUUAACUCUAACGUGGCUGUUUUUUGAUGUCCACGUUUAGCCUGUUGCCCGGGCAUAUAACUUCUGCCUUUACAACAUUUCAGAAUUCUGUGCCUUCUCCCCAUCCUCUUGACCAAAAUGUUGUCUUUCACUCUGGUCCUUCUCUUUCACCUUGGCUGCUGAAAUCUCCCCCACUGCUGCAUCUCGGUACCUUCACUUCUGCCAGCACUCAGAUGCCUCAGUCAUUCCCUUCUCUUGGGAGAGGGACCAGAUGGGACCAUAUACUUCAAAUCCCUGCAUUUCCUUUCUGGACACUUCCAGAUGCUGCUUAAAUGCCUCUUCCGAGUCCCCCUGGGUGGGGCUUUUGAUCCACCACCAGCUACACCACCCUCGGCUAUCUGAAGGUUUGCUUCUCUGCCAGACAUCUCUGCCUUUUUUGAGUAAUGAAUCUUUCAAAGCCCUCCUCAAAAAAACCAUUUAAUUCAAGAUGGCAUGCGAUUGAUUUAAUUUUUCUAUUUGCUGACUGCCUCCAACUGUGAUUUUAAUGUAUGGUUUUUAAUGUAUUUGAUGAUUAUUGCUUUGUUUACAUUGUCCUCCACUGUGACUUCUGUAAGGUAAAAGGCAGCUAAUAAGUGUCUUGAAUGAAUGAAUGAAUAAAUCCACUUUUUCC